AUGAUCAAAGUAACCAAAGACGCGGCUACAUCACCAACAGUUCCCAUAAUAGCCCAACAAUACUACUGUACGGUCACGUGUUGUAAUAAUAACAACUGUAAGCCGUCGACAAUAUUAAAAGGUGUUAGAAAUCCAUAUUAUUGUCCAAAUCGGCAAUUGGUUUCCAAUGGACUAAACGGCUGUCCAAAUGGAGUACCGAAAAGUUGUAGUUUUUAUAGUACACCCAUUCCUUAUACACCAACUGUUUCACCUCAAUGUCUCGUAACCGACAACUUCUAUAUUAGUGGUCACGGAUGCUUCAGAAGAGCUGUGCCUACAAUGCCUUUAUUUGUUGCCAUUUUCCUAACAUUCCUUAAUCUUAUACUUCCCGGUUCAGGUACAUUAUUGGCUUCAUUAUCAAUACUAUUUGGUUGUAAUACAGAAUAUGGAGAAAGUCAUUGGUUUAAAGCAUUCCUCAUAUGUUUGUGUUCAGCACUUCUACAGACAAUUACAGCUAUUCUAGUGUUUGGAUGGGUUUGGAGUAUAAUGUGGGGAAUCGUAUUCAUUAAAAAUUCUCUAAGAUAUGGUGACAAAAGAGAUAUUUAUUCAAUGAGUCUAUGCUAA